AAUUUCGUUUUUUUUUUUUUUUUUUUUUUUUUUUUUUUUUUUUUUUUUUUUCUGUUUUAUGGCUUAAAAAACUCUGUUUUUUUUUGUUCUUUUGCAUAGAGUUUCUUGAAAAUCCCCAUGACUGGCUCUAAAAAUAUCCAAUCUUUUUUGUCGUCUUUACUGUUACUGUCUGUUUUCCCUUUUCGCUACUUCACAUCUUUGCACACAUAAUAGCAAAUCCCAGCUCAAAAUCGUCAAAACUCAGUUCACACCGAAUUAAAGUUUUAAUCUUUUCUCAUCCAUUCCUGUGUUGAAGCCAAACCCGUUUCUCCUAAUUCUUAAAUAGUUUAUAUUUCUACAUAUCUCACAAAACCCAUUUAUUUUUAUCCAUUUUUAUCUGGUAAAAGCAAAGAAACAUGCAAGAUCCGUCGACAGCAUUUCAGCCUAUGAAGCCUCACUUUCCAGAGCAAGAACAGCUCAAGUGCCCGCGCUGUGACUCUACCAACACCAAGUUUUGCUACUACAACAACUAUAAUCUUUCUCAGCCUCGCCAUUUUUGCAAGAAUUGUAGAAGAUAUUGGACUAAAGGUGGCGCUUUAAGAAAUAUCCCAGUCGGUGGUGGUAGCCGCAAGAAUGCUAAACGUUCCUCUAACCAGAAACGUGCUAACCCGGAUCCUAACACUGACCCGACUCGGCUUAACCGCCGGGUUCCAGAAGCAUCGUCGUCAUCAACCUCAACGGCGACGGCCUCGGGAUCAUCUACAUCGCAAUUGCUGAGUAAUGGGAACUCGGAUUUAGUUGACCCGACCCGCAUGUAUGGUUUAGAAGCCGAUCAAGAACGGAAGAUACUGGAUAUGGGUGGAAGCUUUAGCUCGCUUUUGACAUCAAAUGGACAGUUUGGAAGUAUUUUUGACGGGUUGAAUCCAAAUGGGUCGGGUUUAAAAAUGGUGCAAAUGGGUGGCUUUGGUGGGGACUUAAAUACAGGUUUGAAUGCUGAUUCAAGUCAAAACCCAGGUUUAGAUUUACAAGGCAGUAAUAAUAAUGAAAGCGCAGGCGGCGGCGGCGGCGGCGGCGGCGGCGAGAGUUUUUUGCAGAGUGGUGAUUGGGGAAACAGUAACGGGUGGCCUGAUCUUGCCAUAUACACUCCAGGUUCUAGUUUCCAAUAGGGAGAACAUAAAAAAAAAUGAUAAUUUUGGUUAAAUCUUUCCUUCUCUUUUUUUUUUUUCCCUAUUUAAUUAAUUAUGGGGUUGAGCACCCUAUAGGAUAUAAUAUGGUUUUUAAUUUUAAAUUUUUUGGUGUUUUUGUGUGGGUUUUGGUUUGAAUAUGCUUUCACAUAUGGAGAAAAAGGAAAAAAACAAAUAUUUGAAAUGUUUUUUUCAUUUUUGGUGUGAAGGGAUAAUGGGAAAUUGCUUUGUUUAUAUUAUAAAAAUACCAUUAUUAUUAUCUUUAAUUAGUGAUAAUGCUAGUGUUUUGCUUUA